GUUGUGGGCCGUGGGCCGGACCGGGUCCCGGGAAGGCUGGAGCCAGGGCCGGGCCGAGGGGCUUGGCGGGCCGUUAGCGGGCCGCGGCGGCUGUAGGGUCUCCUCCCCUGCCGGACUUGCGCGCCCCGGCGCUCGGAGCCUCCGGUGCUGUGCCCACCCCGCUCCAGCUCGCGUCUCCCGACUCCAAUUAGAGCAACCGGACGGCCAUGGAGGCCGAAGAGACGAUGGAAUGCCUUCAGGAGUUCCCUGAACAUCAUAAAAUGAUCCUGGACCGAUUGAAUGAACAGCGAGAGCAGGACCGGUUUACUGACAUCACCCUGAUUGUCGACGGACACCAUUUUAAGGCCCACAAGGCUGUUUUGGCUGCUUGCAGCAAGUUCUUCUAUAAAUUCUUUCAAGAGUUUACUCAGGAACCUUUGGUGGAGAUAGAAGGUGUUAGUAAAAUGGCCUUUCGUCAUUUGAUUGAGUUCACAUAUACAGCAAAGUUAAUGAUACAAGGAGAAGAAGAAGCCAAUGAUGUAUGGAAAGCAGCAGAGUUUCUACAGAUGCUAGAAGCUAUCAAAGCCCUUGAAGUCAGAAACAAAGAAAACUCAGCUCCACUAGAGGAAAAUACCACAGGGAAAAAUGAAGCAAAAAAAAGAAAGAUUGCAGAAACUUCAAAUGUUAUCACUGAGUCAUUGCCAUCUGCAGAAUCUGAACCUGUUGAAAUUGAGGUGGAGAUUGCCGAAGGCACAAUCGAAGUGGAAGAUGAAGGCAUCGAAACGUUGGAGGAAGUGGCUUCUGCCAAGCAGUCCAUAAAGUACAUUCAGAGCACAGGUUCCUCUGAUGAUUCCGCUCUGGCAUUGUUGGCAGAUAUUACCAGCAAGUACCGCCAAGGCGAUAGAAAAGGGCAGAUUAAAGAUGAAGACGGCUGUGCAUCUGACCCCACAAGCAAACAGGUAGAAGGUAUUGAAAUUGUGGAACUUCAGCUGUCACAUGUGAAGGACUUGUUCCAUUGUGAGAAAUGUAACCGUUCAUUUAAAUUGUUUUACCAUUUUAAGGAACACAUGAAAUCACACUCCACUGAGAGUUUCAAGUGUGAAAUAUGCAAUAAAAGGUAUCUUCGGGAGAGCGCGUGGAAACAGCACCUCAGUUGUUACCACCUGGAAGAAGGUGGAGUCAGUAAGAAGCAGAGAACUGGGAAAAAAAUACACAUAUGUCAGUACUGUGAGAAGCAGUUUGACCACUUUGGACAUUUUAAAGAGCAUCUUCGAAAACAUACAGGUGAAAAACCUUUUGAAUGUCCAAAUUGUCAUGAACGAUUUGCUAGAAAUAGUACCCUCAAAUGUCACUUGACUGCAUGCCAAACUGGAGUGGGAGCAAAAAAGGGGAGAAAGAAGCUCUAUGAAUGUCAGGUCUGUAAUAGUGUGUUUAACAGCUGGGACCAGUUCAAAGAUCACCUGGUGAUACACACUGGAGGUAAACCCAACCAUUGUACUCUGUGUGACUUGUGGUUUAUGCAAGGAAAUGAAUUAAGGAGGCAUCUCAGUGAUACUCAUAAUAUUUCAGAGCGCCUGGUAACUGAAGAAGUUCUUUCAGUAGAAACACGUGUGCAAACUGAACCUGUGACGUCAAUGACUAUUAUAGAACAAGUUGGGAAGGUGCAUGUGUUACCACUGCUCCAGGUUCAGGUGGACUCAGCACAAGUGACUGUGGAACAGGUCCAUCCAGAUCUGCUCCAGGACAGCCAAGUGCACGAGUCGCACAUGAGUGAGCUUCCAGAGCAGGUCCAGGUAAGUUAUCUAGAAGUGGGGCGAAUUCAGACUGAAGAAGGUACUGAAGUCCAUGUAGAGGAGCUGCAUGUUGAACAGGUAAAUCAGAUGCCAGUGGAAGUACAAACUGAGCUUCUAGAAGCAGACUUGGAUCAAGUGACCCCUGAAAUCAUGAACCAAGAGGAGAGAGAGCCUACCCAGGCAGAUGCUGCUGAGGCUGCUACAGAAGAACACGAAGAUGCUGAGGCUUUAGAGACCAAAUCAACAGUGGAUUCCCAAGCCGAAAAGGCAGGAAAUGAGAACAGAACACCUAUGCCAGUUUUAGAAUGAAAUAACAAAUGCAUAUAUUUUUAAAGUUAUCUGUUGGGUUUUUGAACUGAUGAUGGGCAGUGUGACUGUCCUUACGCUAACAGACAUGUGGACCAAAGUUAAACUUUCCUGUUGUGCUGAACUGUUUCUAUGGAAGCAGACUGAUUUCCCCCCACUUUGCCACAGAGGAGGGAUCUUUCCCGUAAGUGAAUGGGAAGCUUUGAGAAGUAUAUUUCUAGAAAACUUAAAAUGGAUUAUAUUCUUAUUAUAUAGUUGGGUACGAAUGUAUAUUUUCAUUGUGGUAAGAGUUCUUACUCUCUUUCCCUGGUCAUGUCCUUCCUCAAGUUUCCCCCCCCCCCCCAUGUUGUAAAAUCAAAUGUAAAAUCAUUAGAAUACAAGUUUAUGUAUUCUAAUGCAUGUUAGAAAAUUUGAAUAUAUAGGAAACAAGACUGCAUGAAGAAAAGUGCAUUGUUACUGUGCAGUUAAAUUUUGGCUUCUGGCUUCCUUUAGCUUGAACAACAUCCUUGUCUGCCCUGAUGGAUAGUAAUAGAUGUCAUCUCUGCAACAGAAACAGAGUGGUGGUGGCGAAUUUCUAGAAUGUUU